UUUGGAGAAGUAAGAUCUGUGGCUAUCAAAUGCAGAAAAAAAAUCAAAAAUUCAUCGACUAUCUUCGGAGACACACUGAGUUUUAUAAAAAAAAAUGUCAAAAAUGUCAACAAAAAUUCACUUUUUUAUUUUAUUUCUCGAAAACUACGCUACCGCCAGAUAAGUGUGAUACAUUUUCUGAAAGGUCUCGGCAAUACCUUUUCAACAAGCCCUAAUCAAAAAUAAUCCGACGAGUAUUUCCAAAGUUACGCUAAUUUACAUGACUCCCGCUCGAAACCCAAACAAAAUUUUUUCAAACGGCUGCCAUUUCUCAGGGAAGCGAUUUUCGACAAAAACUCAAAUGGAUGUUUCGUCUUAGAAUUGUCCAAGGAAUACGCCCCUGAAGUUAAGCUACUCAUCACUGGACCACCCUGUAUAUGUAUGUACAUACGCGUAUCGUCUAUGUCGUGCACGACUUUUCUACGACGCAACAAUAGCUGAUAUCGAGUUGGGGCACAUUGUGUAUCCGCCAAACAGAGUACCGCUAUCGCAGAAUUUUCAGCCGUGGCAUCGAAAUUCGAGUAACUAUCGCAUAAUCUAUCCGACUUACCAUAGUAACAUCGAAUGCGGUGUGACCAGCUAUUAUACCGAUAACACAAAUAGGCUGAUCCCCAAUGGCGAAACUUCGUCGCCGGGCCAGUGGCCGUGGAUAGUUGCAGUCUACCAUAUUCGAAACCAAAUGUAUAAGACAGUAUACGAAUUUCGGUGUGGUGGCUCUAUUUUGACAAAUAGGCACAUAUUAACAGCUGGGCGUUUUGUAAUGUAUAACUCUAAUAGGACUAUACCAGCCAAGGUAUUGGAGGUAAUUGUAGGGCACAUUGACCUGAGCAAGAUUCGCAGAGAUGGUAUUGCCAAUCCGGAGGUUGCGGGCUACAUUAUCCAUCCCGACUUCGUGUAUAAGGACAAUAGCGCCAGCUUCGAUGUGGCUGUUUUGACUCUCAAGAAACCCAUCGAGUUCAACCCUUUAAUUAAACCUAUUUGCUUAUGGUACGGUUCGAACGUUCUCGACGAUAUCGUCCAGGAGACUGGAUACGUCGUGGGAUGGGGAGAAGACAUGUCGGGUCGCCGUAAUGUUCGGGAACAACGGAUAGUGAAAGUGAAGAUAGUGAGCCAAGUAAGCACACUGAGAACCGGCUUUUCCACUUUCUUUGUUCGAUCAAUAUAGAAAUUAAACUUCAAUCACAAACGAGGUUUCCUAAAACACGGCGUCCCACAUGUAUUUGGUGGUACGUCGGUGACAACGUUUCCGAUAUAACACAAUUUCGCACAGUAGCAAGACUUUAACUAUGUAUAAAAAAUGUUUAUGUAUUCCGCGCUAUCGAUGUAUAAUAGAAUCUCAUUGCGUGAAUGGAUCCAUAUUGUUGCACAAAUUACAGGAGACCUGUCUCUGGCGGAAUAAAGCAUACCUUGGUAUCACUUCGGAGCGCACCUUUUGCGCCGGUGGGCUAGAAGUCGGUCCUUGCAACGGUGACAAAGGGAGCGGGAUAGUGCUCUAUAACAAUAUCACAGGCCGUUAUCACUUACGCGGCCUUCUUGCAUCGACUUUGCGUCCUACAGAUAACUCUUCGCUUUGCGAUGAUAGGGCAUUCACUGUCUACGUUGAUACAUAUAACCAAAUACGUACCCUGGAUUCAUCAACAGAUUUCGACGUAUCGCUGAUCUCUCGCCGCUAAAUACAAUACGUGCUGUAGACAAGUAUUUUUAAGUGAAGUUUAUUCGUAACUAGCAUUUAUGGACAAUUGCACCGAAGACAGUUAUGAAUUUUACUUUCGAUUCUUUACGGCUAGUUCUCCUCUUGUAAUGCGGCAACUUUGAUAUUAAGGCAGAAUACAUCAGUAACAUACGCUGCGCUGUAACUAACUGCCAAAGUAGACUUAUAAAUAAUGAAGAAUAAAAUUACGAUACAUGUUACAAUAUGCGUACCAAUACGUACGUUCAAUAUUUUUCGAAACUCGGUAAAAAACACAUGUAUUA